AUGGUACCUUCAAUAAAGGAAAAGGCGGCCUUUGAGCCUACCGAUAUUUCGGCCACUGCUUCUGUUGUCGAAAUCAACGAGGCCGUCGCAUACGACCGCAGCGCCACCAGAAAGCUCUUGCGAAAGUUGGACUGGCACAUCAUUCCGUUCAUGUCACUCAUUUAUUUACUCUGUUUCCUGGAUCGCACUAACAUUGGAAAUGCCCGCCUUGACCACCUCGAGCAAGAUCUCAAUCUGAAAGGACUGCAAUACAAUGACUGCCUUGCCAUUCUCUUCCCGUUUUACAUUGCCGCCGAAAUCCCAUCCAACAUGAUGAUGAAACGCACCCGCCCGUCCAUCUGGCUUACCUUCAUCAUGGUCGGCUGGUCAGCCAGCAUGAUCGGCCAGGGCUUCGUCAAGAACUACUCAGGCCUUAUGGCCACGCGGGUCUUCCUCGGCGCCUUCGAGGGCGGCCUGUUCCCGGGAGUCAACUACUACAUCACGCAGUGGUACUGCCGGCACGAGUGCGGCUUCCGCAUGGCCCUCUUCUUCUCCGCCGCCACGCUGGCCGGCGCCUUUGGCGGUAUCCUGGCCAGGGGCAUCGCCGAGAUGAGCGGCAUCGGCGGCCUGUCGGCCUGGUCGUGGAUCUUCAUCCUCGAGGGCCUGCUGAGCAUCUUGGUCUCGUUCACUGCGUACUGGGCCAUCAACGACUACCCCUCGACGGCCACGUUUCUGAGCGAAAGCGAGCGGACGGAGGUGGUGAGACGCCUGCGCGUCGACGAUGGGCACCUCUCCGAGGUAUUCCACAUGAAGUAUGUGUGGCAGGCCAUCGGCGACUGGAAGAUCUACAUGCACUGCGGCAUCUUCCUCGCUGGGUUUUGCCCAAUUUACUCCAUCGCCCUGUUCUCGCCGACCAUUAUCAAGGGCAUGGGGUACACCGCCAACAAUGCACAGCUCAUGAGUGUGCCGCCCUAUGUCUGUGCCUGUGCUUUCACGAUCGCGGCCAGCUACGCGGCGGACCGCGUCAAGCAGCGCGGCAUCUUCCUGCUCGGGUUCCAGCUCACCGGUAUUGCUGGCUUCGCCCUUCUGGCGGGCACAAGCAACCACUCGGCCCAAUACGGCGGACUGGUCCUGGCUGCUAUCGGAGUCUAUCCCACGGUUCCUCUCGCUAUGGCGUGGAAUAGCGGCAACAUUGGUGGGUCCCUGAAGCGAGGGACAGGUAUCGCCAUGCAGGUGAUGGGUGGCAACUGUGGUGGUAUCAUAGCGUCAUAUGUGUACCUGACCAGGGAUGGGCCUCGAUACAUCACGGGACACAGUAUUUUGAUCGGCAUCAUCUGCCUUGCAUUUCUGCUGACCCUAUCCAUGACCAUCUGGUAUCGAAUUGAGAAUGCUCGCCGGGACCGGGUUUCGGGCGAGGUAGCGGGUCAGGAGUUGACGGAGGAGCAGAAGGCACUUGAACAGGAGCUGGCUGACAACGCGCCGUUUUUCCGAUACACUGUGUAG